CUCUCUCUCUCUCUCUCUCUCAAUCUAUUCAAACAAGAUGUGAAUCCUAUCCUAUCUUAUAAAUUUGAAUUCAUAUCCAAUCUAUAACUGUCUAAUAAAUCAAUUUAGGGCUUAAAGAGAGGCUUGAGAUGUUUCAAUUUAUGAAUCAAUGAACUGAUAGAGUCAAAUGAGUUACAGAAAGAUGGCAAGGAGACAAAGCAAACAUGUAUCAUUAUGCUUCUCUAAGUCUACAUGCCCACCAGAUUUGCAGCCCAAUGUACUUGGUACGCCUUUCAUGGCGGAGAAAGAGCUUCUGGCUGCAAAAUCAGCCAAAUUUGCUGCCUUACUCGAAGAUAAUUCAAAGGAAGAUCUUUCUCAUUUCCUCAGAAAUAUGCCAGCUGACCCCGAAACUCUUGAGCUUGUUGCCAGAUUCUACCAUGGCUUUCAACUUCAAAUUUCUACUGAGAAAGUUGUACCCCUCAUUUGUGUUGCUCACUACUUGGAGAUGACAGAAAAUCACAGCAAAAACAAUCUUUUGGGCCAGGCUCUUUGUUUUUUUCAAGAAACAAUCCUCCCCAGCUGGAAUGAAACUGUCAAGGCUUUCCGAACCACAGAAAAGUUCCUUCGACACUCCUUGAAGCUUGGAUUGGUUGAGGCCUGCAUGAAAUCUAUCAUUACAAAGGCACUAGCUAAUCCCAGCCUUCUUGGAGAACCACUCAAGAAUUCCACCAAGUAUGUGGAUGAUAGUGAGGAGGAGGAAGAAGGCUAUAAGCCGAGUGCAAGGAGAAGACUCUUUGACCUUGAUUUUAAAUCGGAGGAUCUGACAACACUGUCUCUCGAACUCUAUGAGCCAGUCAUCCAUGAAAUGAAUAAGCAUGGAGUUCCAACACCGUACGUGGCUGCAUCCCUUUGUAACUAUACAAACAAAUGGGUUUUAUCUGGCAGUGGAGAGGCAGUCAAGAGUAACUACAAAAAGGAAAUCCUUGAAGCUGUGGAGAGGCAUUUGCCUCAUGAGAAAGGACUUGUUCCAUGCACCUUAUUGUUCGAAAUCCUCCGGUUUGCUAAUGUUUUGGAAGUUAGCUCUGAAUGUAGAAAUGGGAUUGAGAUUAGAAUCGGAAAACAACUGGACCAGGCAGCAGUCAAAGACCUCUUAAUCCCUUCUCAAGGCUAUUCCAAGGAAAUGCAAUAUGAUAUUGUAUGCGUGAGGAGGAUAUUGAAAGUUUUCUAUGGCAGUUACACUUUGUCGGACAUAUCUGGGCUAAUUGCAGUGGCAGAACUCAUUGAGGAUUUCUUGGCCGAAGUUGCAAGUGACAUAGAUUUGAACAUAGAUACAUUUGUUGACUUAGCAGAGAUGUCACUUGCAGCAUCAUUGGGAACACAAAGAACCUUGGAUGGAAUAUACAGGGCAGUUGAUAUCUACUUAGAUAAGCAUAGGCACUUGACAGAGUCAGAGCGAGAGGAAGUGUGUCGAGUUUUGGAUUUUCAGAAAGUGUCCCCUGAAGCUUAUGAGCAUGCUGCCAAAAAUGAAAAGUUGCCUUUAAGGGUGGUGGUGCAAGUGUUGUUUGCAGGGCAGUUGCAGCUGCGAGACAGGAUCCUGAAGGAGGUGCAGGAUUCUGAUGACAAAUCAACAAAGGAGGAAGAGGAGGAGAAUGAAGCAAAGUUGGACUUUGGUGAAGAAGAAAUGAGAUCAGAGAUGGAGAAAAUGAGCAUGAAGGUGAUGGAGCUUGAGAGAGAGUGCAAUAUGAUGAGAAAAGAGAUUGACAAUGGCGGCAGCCCUAAGGCAAGGAAGGAGAAAACUAGCUUGUGGAGAGAAAUGAAGAGGAAGUUUGGGUGCGUCAACAGUGUGCACGAUUCUAACUGCCAAUUGAAGAAGAAGAAGAAGAUGCAUCCAAAACAAGGAGUAUAACAUGUAGAUUCUUCUUCCAUCAAAGAUUUCUUUUGCAAAUAUCUAGUUAUUCAUUGAUUUAUUUUUUUUCAGCUUCAAUCAUUGACUUUCUGAAUAAUCAUUUUUCAGCUUGGUUGCCAAGUAGAUUGCUCUUCAUAACUAGUACUUUGUACCAAAUUUUAACUCAAGAAGGA